CUCUCUCUCUCUCUCUCUCUCUCUCUCUCUCUCUCUCUCUCUCUCUCUCUCUCUCUCUCUCUCUCUCACACACACACACACACACACGCACACAAACAGAUGGACAAAUUAUUUUCGAGAAAAUCCGUGGCAACUGUUUUUACAAUGCUGAUACUAAUUAUUGGCUCCUCCAUAGACUCCGGCUGCGCCGCCGCAGCCGGAGGAAAACCCGACACGAGAUUCAUCCGAACAUCGUGCUCCACCACCACCUACCCAACACUCUGCUACACCGCCCUCUCAAACCACGCGAGCGCAAUUCAGCAAGACCCGAAGCUCCUCGCCCACGUGGCACUCUCCGUCAGCCUAGACACCGCCCGCACCACCUCCGUCGACAUGGUGAGGAUCUCCCGCCGCGCCGGAAUCACGCCGCGGGAAGCGGGAGCCAUGCGUGACUGCGUGGAGGAGCUGAGCGACUCGGUGGAGCAACUCGGGAGGUCCAUGUCCGAGAUGAACCGGAUGAACCGGUCCAACUUCGGGCGGACGAUGAGCGACAUCCAGACCUGGGUCAGCGCCGCCAUGACUGAUGAGGACACCUGCAUGGAGGGGUUCGCCGGAAAAUUUAUGAACGGCGCCGCCAAAUCCGCUAUCCGGACCAGAAUUGUCAACGUGGCGCAUAUGACCAGCAAUGCUCUAGCCCUCAUCAAUAGCUACGCCGCCGUCCAUGGUUAACAACUUUCGGAUAUAUACAGAUUGUUUUUAGUACGUACUUUGUUAAGAAGGUCGUCUUUUUUUUUUUUUUUUUAAUGUCAAUUUUCUCGU